UACGGACUGCUACGGACAAGCCGCGAGCCUUGUCGCAAUUUGCACAAACUCAGACAUUUCGUUUUUGUCAAUCUGCUCCCAUCUAACCGAAAUAAUUUACGGCACAGUGAACGUAUCGUCCAUAUUCUCUACUGUUUUUGAGAGCGAACCUCUGAUAAACUUGCACGUCAUACAUGUCAAAAUGGCCCGGGAAUAUGAUCAUUUAUUUAAGCUUCUAAUAAUAGGCGAUAGUGGUGUAGGUAAAAGUUCAUUGCUCUUACGAUUUGCUGACAAUACUUUUAAUGGCAGUUAUAUAACAACAAUUGGAGUGGAUUUUAAAAUACAAACUGUGGAAAUAGAUGGUGAGAGAGUAAAACUGCAAAUAUGGGAUACAGCUGGACAAGAACGAUUUCGGACAAUAACUUCUACUUACUAUAGGGGAACACACGGUGUUAUAGUUGUGUAUGAUGUGACUAGUGGUGAUUCCUUUGCAAACGUUAAGAGAUGGUUGCAUGAAAUCGAACAAAAUUGUGAUGUAGUUAACAGGGUACUUGUAGGGAAUAAGAAUGAUGCACCAAAUGAAAAAGUGGUAUUAACAGAAGAUGCUCAAAGAUUUGCUAAUCAAAUGGGAAUUCAGUUGUUUGAAACUUCUGCGAAAGACAAUAUUAAUGUUCAAGAAAUGUUUAUGGCAAUAACACGGCAGGUGCUUAGGACCAAAAAAGAAAGGAAGGAACGACAAGCUGUACAAACCAGUGAAACAGUAAACCUGAGAAAAAGCACAAAACAGUAUAAAAAGAAAUGUUGUUAACAGCAUCAUACAAGCAUGAGAUC